AUGCGAGCUGGCUCGGCGAGUCGCGGUCUCAGCGCGGUGGCUUCCGGGACGCUCCUCCUCCUCCUGCCCUUCGCGCUGCGCGAGAUCGGACCUGGGCGUGGUUCUCUGGCGAUGCCCGGAGUAACGAGUGGCAGGGAACGGGAGGAUUGGGAGGGAUCUCUUCCGCGCGUCACGGUGCAUAGCUCUCACGGUCGACAACGAGCGAGAGCGUGGAGGCGACGGCUGAUUGAUGCUGCAGCCCGGUUGCGCUAUCCGAGCGACCGGCUCGAGAUCCAGCUUCUGGACGAUUCCACCGACGGGACCUCGGAGCGAGCAGCGCUGUGCGUCGAUCGGUGGCGGCGGCAAGGGGUUGACAUCCGCCAUCUGAAGAGGGACGGGCGGGCGGGGUUCAAGGCCGGCGCGCUCGCAGGCGGUCUCGAACAGGCACGCGGCGACUUUCUCCUGAUCCUGGACGCCGACUUCGUUGCGCGUCCUGAUCUCAUCCAUCGGCUCCUCGGGCCCUUCCUGGAUCCGAAGGUCGGCAUGGUACAGGCACGCUGGGAUCACCUGAACGAGGGGGAAUCUCAGCUCACGCGCUGUCAGGCACAGCUGCUGGAUGCCCACUUCUUCUUCGAGCAGGGCGGGCGGUGGGCCGCCGGCCGCUUUCUCAACUUCAACGGCACGGCGGGGAUGUGGCGCCGCGAGGCCCUUGAGGAGGCGGGCGGCUGGUCGGCCGAUACGCUGACGGAGGAUCUGGACGCAAGCUACCGCGCGCAGAUGGCGGGGUGGCGCUUCGUCUUCCGGCCUCUGGUCGGCGUUCCGGCCGAGCUGCCCGGAACGGUGCGGGAUCUGGAGCUGCAGCAGAAGCGGUGGGCGCAGGGCGGGAUCCAGACGGCGCGAAAGGUGCUCCCGAAGCUUCUCGGUGGACCGUGGCCGCUCGGGAUAAAGUGGGAGGCCGCCGUCCACCUCCUGGGCCACCUGGCUCAUCCGCUGACGCUCGUCCUGGCGGUCUUGAUCGUUCCGUCCGCCCUGGCUCGCAAGUCGCUCGGGCUCGACGGCUGGCUCGUCGUCGACGUUCUGGUCUUCCUGGGGGCCACCGCGUCAUUCCUCGUCUUCUUCGCCGCUGCGGCUCGGCGCCGCGGGCGCGCCUGGAGACACUUGAUUCCUACGGCGGCGUUAACGCUUGCUCUCGGGAUCGGGCUCGGCGCGACGGUGUCGCGGGCCGUCGUUCGCGGGGCGGUCGGUCGGGCCCACGAUCCAUUUCAACGGACGCCCGAAACGAGGGGAGGGCGUGCCCCGGUACGUGAGCCCAGCCGUACCGACGGACGCGCUGACCAAGGGGGCACUCCUCGUCUGGAUGCUCGGCAGCGGGUGGAUCGCGAUACAGCAGGGGCUUUGGCAAAGUCUCCCCUUCGUCGUGCUCUUCGGUUCGGGAUACGCCUGGCUGGCUCUCGGGGACCGGUGGCCUGCGAGGAGGUCGGGUUGCCCCUCCGGGGUCGAACUUCGUGA